GCCGCUGCUGCGCUGCGCUGCGCUGCGUAAUCGACCCGCGACAGCAGGACGGCCUCUGGACAGGCACCUGAGGGAAUGAGCAGGCCACAUGAAGAUGGUAAGCGUCUGAUGACCCUUCCGACGAACGCAUGUCACGCUACACCCUCCGCGUCCUGCGCCUUGUCCCCCGGUGGCGCGUCGUCAAGAUCCAGGGCUUCACCGCUCCGAUCUGUCAACCCGGCAUUCCGAGAGGCCCGACCCAAGCGUUCCGUGGGCCUUAUUGCAGCAUCCUGCCGGCGCACGCCGCCAUCGUUGCCCUCCCGCACACACCGCACUGCUCCCUCGUCCUCUUAUGAUUUCCCACGGCGCCGCUCCUGCAUUUAUGGGCCUGGCCGCUGACCGCCUCACCCCUCCAGGCUCUCCUCCCGACGACUCGAAAGCAACGCUGCGGCCAGUCCUCCGAUUCGCGCCCGACCAUGUGUCGCUGCCGAAGAACAAGAGCACGAGCAACCUGCUCUCGCACACGGCGCCGCCGCCGCUGUCCGUGGUGACCAAGCGCAUGAGCAUCGACGCGGGGCAGCUGGACCGCAUGGCAAGAUCGCCUAUCCUGCCAGAGCACGAGCACGGCCUCGGCGCCUCUGGUCUCCGCCGCAUUCGCCAGCAGCCCGGUCCCAGGCUCCCGUCGGCGACUCGAGCGACGUCCCUGAAUAUCACCCCCCCAGUAUCCCGACACCCCUCCGGAUCCGCGCCCUCCGCUCCCGGCUCGCCACGAUUCGAGUUCGGCGAAGACCUGCACCGCUUUCCCGUCGAGUCCCUCCACUCGUUCUCGUUCGCAACACAGUCCGAGGAGUUCAUCCACAACAGGCAGAACGUGCUCAAGCGGUCGAUAGACUUUAUGCAGAACAAGCUGGGAUGGGCCGCGACGAGUCCAGCGAUAGCGAAUGCGCAAGCAAAACUGAGCGGGGACCAGGAGGUGCAGAGCAUGAUGGAGCUGCUGACGAGGGCGAACCUGAUCGGGCAGGAGGCCUCUGGGGCGCAUGGCCUGGGAGCGUUAGGCCCGCUGACUGGGCCUGCCGAGGUGGAUGGAGAGAACAUUUUCGAGAAGAGUUUCCUCCCGGUGGAAAGGUCCACAAGUCCCGAUAGCAUGCUCGACCCGAAAUCGCCGGCACCGAAGGCUCCCCCCUCGGACAUUAGGAAUGGGAAUACUACGGGCGAGAACCACGACGCAGGGGACACGCUGGUUUCGGACCUCACCUCAGAUGCCUCCAGCUCGAAAACGACAGGGACGUCGCCACCUCAACCCGCCCUGCGACCGCCUCGCGCUGCACUGAAGCGUACACUCACAGAUGUAGCCCCUCUGACGAUACAAAGCCAGCUGCAUGAUGCUCUAGCACAACCGUAUCUGGUUGGCGAAAAAGGGCAGGUAAACCAGAUCGUCUCCCCUACGGCAGUACCAACCGUACACCCGGGGCAUCCUGUGCCUGGACCGCACUCUGGAGGACCAGCGCCUCACGGACAUGGAAGCCGCUGGGUUCCCGCCGCCCAAGCAAUCUUCACCACAGAGGCGCAGGCGCCCUGGACUAUAACGGCCGCGAACGACCUGGCUUGCCUAGUCUUCGGAGUGACGCGGGCUGAGGUACGGAAGCUGGGCAUACUGGAAGUUGUCAGGGAGGAGCGGCGGAAGUGGCUGGAAGACAAGCUGAGAGACCCUGAACUCGGCUCCAAGGCAGCCCGGGAGCCGUACAGCCAGAGUCAGCAGACCAGCCCCGUUCCAUCGACCACAUUGAAAGUUGGUAACGGAGUUACAGCGAGGCUGCUCAGCAAGCCUUCCUCGCGCCAAGUCUCACAGAGGAGAGCAAAGACCGACGACGGCAGUGGCUCGUCGUAUGCACAGAGAUCGAAUGUCAAGGGAGGCCUGAACCACGAGUCGAAGGGUUCAAGAGGCGUCCUGCUCUGUGGUGACGUAGUUCCGAUUCAGAAACGGAACGGUGCAACCGGCGCUGCCAGCCUGUGGGUAAAGGAGAAAAGAGGCGGCCUCAUCUGGGUGCUCGAAGAGAUCGCAGAAGACGUAGUCUACAUCAAUGUUGAUGAAGUGGGCUGCGUCUCGAAAGGAGAGGGUGCCAUAGAAUCGGUGUUCGGUAGCGAGCGACUGCGGAGAGGCAUGGAUCUCAAGCGUCUCAUCCCAGCGAUUCCACGACUCGAGGGUACAAAUACUGGUGCCCUGGACUAUGAGAAGAUCGCCGCGCUACGCAACUUCACUGCACGGACAUCCAACAGCAUCAACAUACCCGUAGCUGUCGAGCCAUUGCCAGGUGUACCCACCUUCCGCGUUUCUAGCUUCCCUCACAUUGCCGGUAUUGUCGUAUUGUCGGCGUCAGACCUCACGAUUGCAAGCUCGAACUCCGUUUUCUCAUCAGCUCUCUUCGGACAGCCGCGGCCUGAGGGGCUCCACAUUAGCAAACUCAUUCCUGCUUUCGACAAGAUAUUGCACGUUAUGACCGAUGAGGAUAAGAUUGACCUCGUCGAUGGCAUCGUGAUCCCAGAACACAGCUUCCGCCGAGCCCGAGCGCUUCUCGCAAUCCGCGAAGGCAGUGGAGAUGCAGCAGCCAUAUUCCUCAAACCUAGCGGCCUGCCCGCUCUCCACCGUGAUGGUUCUGAGAUCAUGGUCGAUGUGCAAAUGAGGGUGGUGAAGAGCGAGAAGAAGCUGCGCUUCCAUGAACAUGUCAUUGAGGAAGAAGAUGCGCCGGCGAAGCCGUCGAGUGCGCCGGAGUCCGUAUAUGCCCUGUGGAUCACCUACUCGCGGCAAUUGCACGCAGCGAAUCACGGUGUUGGUCCGGUCACCCCCCUUGUAUCACGGCCUGGUACACCUCCCCGACAACCAUCGCCAGGGCAAUCGACAGUCAAUGCCCCGCUGGAGCCCGAACUCGAGCAGCCGAAGCCGAAAUCCGCGCAUGUCUCAUUGUUGACACAGCAGCUUCAGGAAGCCGCUCAACCUGCGUCUCCCUCAGAACCGCGAGCCAAACGAACACCACCUACGCCGGAGAAAGAGAAAGAGGAGCCACCAAAGAAGAAGAUAAUCGGCGAUUUUGUGGUUCUGGAAGACAUGGGUCAAGGCGCAUACGGCCAAGUCAAGCUGUGUCGGUACAAGAAGAAUAGCAGCAACAAGGUCGUCAUCAAGUACGUUACAAAGCGUCGCAUCCUGGUCGACACAUGGACACGGGAUCGACGGCUGGGGACAGUACCUCUGGAAAUCCACGUCCUGGACUAUUUACGGCGGGACGGGUUCAAGCAUCCAAACAUUGUCGAAAUGUCCGAUUUCUUCGAGGACGACAUAAAUUACUACAUUGAAAUGGUACCUCACGGCCUCCCCGGUAUGGAUCUUUUCGACUAUAUUGAGCUCCGCGUCAAUAUGGAAGAGAAAGAGUGCCGGAAGAUCUUCGUGCAGGUGGCUGAAGCGGUGCAUCACCUGCACACGAAAGCGAAGGUCGUCCACCGCGAUAUCAAGGAUGAGAACGUGAUCCUGGAUGGCGAGGGGAACAUCAAGUUGAUCGAUUUCGGUAGCGCAGCGUACAUCAAGAGCGGACCUUUCGAUGUGUUCGUGGGUACAAUUGAUUACGCUGCUCCCGAGGUCCUCGCUGGCAAGUCAUAUCGCGGCAAAGAGCAGGACGUCUGGGCCCUCGGAAUCCUCCUCUAUACCAUCGUGUACAAGGAGAACCCUUUCUACAGCAUCGACGAGAUCAUGGACCACGACCUCCGCGUACCCUACAUCAUGAGUGAGGAGAGCAUCGAUCUUAUCCGGCUCAUGCUCGACCGAGAUGUCGAGCGGCGGAUAACGAUAUCCCAAGUGCUGGAGCACCCUUGGUGCCAGCUAGUCGAUUCACCUACAUAGCGACGGCGAAUACAUAGAAGUGAAGAGGAGGAUAGCGGCUUGUUUCGUUCAGGAUACCGGCUUAGACGAUGGGGCGAAUUUGUGCAACAUACUCGAGUGGGCUGGGGCUUAGCAUAUAGAGCGUUUCCAUGACGCUGACGACGAUGAUCUUUUCCGGCAUUUUUGCAUGUGGUUCGGGAGGGAAGCUCUGGCACUUGAGCGGAAGAUAUCUCUAGAUGAGGAUUGUGAUGUUUCUAUUCUUACGCAUGCGGGAUAUUGCUAUAGGUAGCGCUAUUACCAAAAUGAAUACCCGAGAUAAUGUUCUUCCGCGUACUUCA